AACACAUCGAGUGGAACAAUAAGGCAGUUGACGGCGGCAAGAGUGAACGAGGUCACUGGCGCAUAAGCUGCCCAGGAAGUGGCAGAUAGCGGAUAACGGGUUAUACUAUGGUUAUAUGCAUACUCGCAUCCCCAAUCAUCGUCAUAAGGAGCUUCGGAGCAUCACGACCACAAGCACAGGAAGCAUCAAACACGGCGAUGACUCUGCUUUCGAAAACGAUUACGGCCUUUGGAAGCCUUUUGCUCGCACAUGCCUGCUACUCGGCGCGCGAGCAUACCGCACUCCAGUCAAUCCGAGCCGCCACUGCCGCUACUUUAACUUCGUCCUCGACGGCUGCCACUUCACUCCCGGUGGAUAUAAUAAUUGAAACAAUCAUCUCAACCUUUAUAAUCCUCCUGGGGCUGGUACUAGGAACGCGCCCGCUGCGGCCGCUCGAAUGGCGCGUCUGGGCCGGGAAGAUCGAGCGGGAAGGCGAGGAGGGCUUCACCGAUAACGCCGGCGCGGUGGACAAGGACUAUAUGGGCAAUCCAUUCAGUGUUCUGGAGUCGCGGCCAAACUUCGUGGAUAUUCGGAAACAACGGAAGGAGUUCGCCGAGUGGGUUCAAAAGGGCGAUGGUAAACAAGGGCAGUGAUACCCCAGGUUGCAGAAUUCAAUGAUUCGUUAUCUUUUCAGCCGUCCAUGAGAUCAUGCGGCUGGCAUCGCGGACUACUUCACCUACCUAAAGUUGUUUCCAAUCCGAGUCCCCUAAAUUGUAUCAGCUCUCGCCGCCGCAGUUGGAAUGUCUGCAUUGGGAAGUUGCACCUGAUAUUUCCCAGUUGGCCGCGCCUUCCGAAUCUGCUUCCAUAUCGCGCCACGAUGAGCAUUACCUUAACCCAGUACCGGGAUCUACUGGCUGAAGGA